AUGUCUCUAAUGAAAAUUUUCCUCACGAAAUGGUCCCGAUCAGCCCCGAGCCAGCAAACUCACCUUCACCUUCAUCAUCAACAUCAACGAUGUUCAAAAAAAUAUCAGCAAGAAAAAAAUCAAACAAGUGAGCCAUCUGUAGCCAGCGUUCUACAGAAAUAUAUGGAGUCACGGUCAUCUACAAUUACUAUACAAGAUAUUGAGAACCCUAUAUAUUCCUUUUUCAAUGCUAUGGCUGACUCCGUCGUGAAUUUGCCUCCAGACUUGCAGUUGAAAGCAAAAAAUCAAAUUUAUUUAACAGUAUCUAACUUGAAAUAUGAGAACUUACAAAGAAAAUCAACAGCAGGACAAACUCAGAAUAUUCAACUUCAGCUUGAUGAUUUUACAGCUUCUUACCUCGGCGAACAAUUUGAGGAACCAACUGCAUUUACAUCUGGUGUUAAUGAACCCCAAAAUACACCAGUAGCACGGACUCAGACUAUUCACGUUCCGGAAGUACAUACAGACUCAGAAUCUCAAAGUAUUUUGCCACCUACGAAAUAUAUCUUAACUGCAGAUAGCCGUCUACUAAACGUUAUGAUGCAAGAAGAUACAAAGCCAAUUUGCUGA